AUGUUUAGACGGGGAUACAAGGCUAGGUGCGUCCGCGCUUUACGAGUCCGCUCCUGGAAGCGUGUGCCGAUGAAGUUGCUCAAGUGGGGAAGGAAAAUGCCAUCUACCAAACAGUAUAAUCUGGUACCUAAUGAUGACUUCGACACGAGGAUCCCGCUACAUCCCGACGAGGCGUUCCAUUACGGCAUCACGUUCCAAGCAAAGGAAGUCGUACAGAUCGCGAUUCACAAGAGAUCAACGUCGUUCACGUGGACAAAUUGCCUCAUCUGUCACAGACCGUUUCGGGAUGCCGCGAUCGAUGUCGACCGCAGAGACUAA